CAUCAUCAAGGCUGCAGAAACUUCCAUAAAUACAAGGAAGGGAUACCAGAUCUCAUCCGUAACCAGUGGAAUUUGAAAAGCAUCUACUGCUUGGAAAAGCACUAAGAGGCCAACAGAUCCAAACCCACAAGCAAAAUCAUGAAGCCAGGCAGCUUUCUCCUCCUCACUCUGAUGGUCUUCUUUUUGUACUCAGAUGUUGUUGUUAAAGCAUCAUGGGAAGCGAAAUAUUGCAAAGGGUAUCCAAAAAGCGUAUGCACUAAGGAGUACCUUGCCCACUGCGGUUCUGAUGGCAAGACCUAUGACAACAAGUGUUACUUCUGCAAUGCAUAUAUUGACAGUAAAAGAAAGCUGGAACUGAAAUACUAUGGAGAAUGCAAAAAAGUUUAAGAUACACAAGACUAUGAAACGUCUGCAAAGGAAGUCUCAUUUCUAUUCAAGCUUCACUCAUUGCAUCACUACAAAAAAUCCAUUUUUCUCUUUGCUUAUGCUCUCUGAGCCAGUGAAUAUCUUGCAACAUCUUAAUUCGAUUUAUCAAUAAAUAAGCUCAGCAACAGUAUCAA